AGGGGCUGCGCGCCACGGUGCGGUGGGUUGGUGCGCUCAAUGCGCAGUCGGUCAAUAGGCUACACAUGUUUUGCGCCUCUCAGAGGACAGCGUCAAACUAAACCGUGACCGUGCUCAAAUUCAAUAAAAAUAUAAUAUAUAAUGGCUUCUAUUCCACUGGUGCUGCUACUUUUAAUGUCUUCUUUGGCGCUUUACUGGGCAGUUUAUACCGGACCGUUAAAACCGGAAAUGUCCAACGGGACUUUUCAUCACUUCUUCGUACCGGACGGAGAUUAUGAGGAUAAUGAUGACCCCGAGCAAUGUCAAAUGCUUUUUAAAUUCGCAGACCGACGUGCGUGUGGUGUCCAUCACGAUGAAGACAGCGAUUCAGUGGUACGUGAAGACUUUAUCAUCGUGAAGCACCAAAUUGAAGACGCCGCAAGGUUGUUGGAAAGCAUCGGCAUGAGUAUUUCACACGACCUGGACGGAGAGGAUAGCUAUGAGAAGUUUCUCACCGGGGAGAUCACUCAGAUCUCUGAGGCUUUUACAAGCGUGGAGAAAUCUCUCCUGGAGUUGGAGGUCAAGUUUAAACAGAGUCAAGACAACGAUCUGAGAGGGGAGAACCAGCUCAAUGACUUUGUUCUGAAGCCUAUCUAUGAAGUUAAGGACGCACUCAGGGGGACAACGGACAUUUCAUUGGGACUCAGAGAUAAACAUGAACUGUUGUCUCUCAUUGUUCGCAGUCAAGGCUCAAGGUUGAGUCGCCUCAAGGCAGACUAUCUCAAUGUAUAGUAUACAUGUUAAAAACAAUUGUAAUUUGUUAUUAUCUAUGUAAAGGAAUAUAUGUUACUCAGAGUGUGUGUGUGUGUGUGUGUGUGUGUGUGUGUGUGUGUGUGUGUGUGUGUGUGUGUGUGUGUGUGUGUGUGUGUGUGUGUGUGUGUGUGUGUGUGUGUGUGUCAUAAGACUAUGACUCUUUAGCCCAAUAAACACCUGGAAAGUUCAUUGAGAUUGAAAGGUUACUCUGUUCCUAGUCUCUUAUCUCGCUCUAUUUUUCCUUCUCUCUCUACUCCACCUCUCUCUCUCUCUCUCUCUCUCUCUCUCUCUCUCUCUCUCUCUCUCUCUCUCUCUCUCUCUCUCUCUCUCCCUC